AGCUCGCUCUCCGGGAGGGCGAACAAACAUGGCGGAGCCUUUAAUAUGCACAAGGAUUCUGCCCCCUCAGCUCUCUGUGACAAGGAGUUCCAACAGCUGUCAACCCUCUGAGAUGAUGUUGAACUUUUUGAGUGUUGUUGGAGCUGUACCCAUUUAGGCUUCCUAUGGAAGUUCAAGUCCAGUUGGCUCAUUGUCUUCUGAGGAUCAUGAUUUCGACCCUACAGCAGAAAUGCUAGUGCAUGAGUAUGAUGAUGAGCGAACACUUGAAGAAGAGGAAAUGUUAGAGGGAGGGAAGAAUUUCACAUCUGAAAUUGAAGAUUUGGAGAGGGAGAGCAACAUGCCACUUGAUGAUUUGCUGGCACUUUAUGGGUGUGAACCUCCGGUGAUUGAAACUGAAAAUCCUGAGAGUUCGCCAAGUGAGCUCGCUGAUGAGUUACCUGACAUGACUCUUGAUAAGGAGGAAAUAGCAAAGGACCUACUUUCAGGUGACGAUGAAGAAACACAAUCUUCUGCUGAUGACUUGACCCCAUCUGUUACUUCUCACGAAACAACAGAUUUAUUUCCCCGACACUUGAGAUCAAGCACCACGUUUGAUGGUGACAAAGAAUCUGAAGAUGAAGAAGGACAAGAUGAUUGUGUACCACCUGAAGACUUAAAAAAGGAAAUAAUGGUGGGUUCGGAGUAUCAAGCUGAAAUUCCAUCUAGCCUGUGUAUAUAUGAAGAUGGUGAUCGAGGCUAUGAAAAUGAGGACCAGUUACUUUGGACUCCCUAUUUGCUUCCUGAAAGUACAGUAAAGGAGUUCUUGCAUGAAGCAGCUAAGAGAUCUGCAGAUGAAAAGGGCAUUGGUGGUAUACCUGAAGGGACACAUGUAAGGGACAAUGAACAGGCACUGUAUGAACUUCUAAAAUGUAACUAUGUUGUUAAGGAGGCACUUGGAAGUUACCACUCAAAUAUAAAAGCAACACGAGAUGAACGGUCUGCUUGGACAGAAGAGGAGUGCAGAAACUUUGAACUUGCACUUCGACUCUACGGUAAAGAUUUUCACCAAAUACAGGCAAAUAAGGUCAAGAGUCGAACGGUGGGCGAGUGUGUGGCUUUUUACUAUAUGUGGAAGAAAUCAGAAAGAUAUGAUUACUUUGCACAGCAAACCAGGUUUGGGAAGAAGAGGUACAAUCUUCAUCCUGGAGUUACAGAUUACAUGGAUCGUCUGGUAGAUGAGGCUGAAAUGGGAAUGUUAAGUCGAUCAGUGCAUUCUCCAUCCAUCUGUUCUUCAGUCAACAGACCUGAAACCAUUUCUGAUCACAAUCUAAUGAGCUCUGGACAUGAGUUUGCUGCACUGACCAGUGUUGAUACAGCAUGCAGUGUGGCAGAAGUAAACUGUUUGGAUUCCUAUAAUUUUCCUCCAUUGGACAGUUUACACUCAAAGGGACCAACUACCCACGUGCCUGUUUUAAUAGAAGAGUCACUUGGUUUGCCUACAAAUGGUGACACAGACUGUCUAAAUUUAUUUGAGACUGGAUUCUACCAUUCUGAUUUAAACCAGAUAAGCAUGUGCAACGACGAAUCUGAAAGACCUGCAAAGAGAUUGAAAAUGGGGAUCGCUGUACAAGAAUCUUUUAUCAAUGACGUUUCUGUAAAUAACCUGGGUGUGGAUUUCGAGAAUCGUACGCAUCACAUCACUAGUGCCAAAAUGUCUGUUUCCGUUGCGGAUUUUAGCAGCUUGUCUGGUAGUGAAGCAAAUGGCUUCAUCAAUUCCCAUGCACUACACCAGCACACAGCUCUACAAUCAGAGUGACUUCUGCAUUGAAACUUCUUCUGGAAUGGUGGUAUGCAGUAACAGUGAACUUGGUGGGUGAGCCAUCAAGUUUGUUCAGUCAUUCACUGGAAGUUUGAAUUUUUUUACUAUGACAUCAGUGAUGUCUUUUUACUUAUUGAACCUAAUCUUGAUUUCUCAAGAGUUAAAUAGCCAUUUAUUUUCAGUCCCUAAUAACAUAGAAAUUUCAGAGAUUAUGUUCACAUUGCAGAAUUGGGGACUUAAAAUUGAACUUUAUGAUGCAGUCUUGAAGUCUCAAGCCAUUGCAUCUCCUUUGUAGCCAGUAGACAAAGGAAGCAUUUCACCUCCCGAAACCAACAUUGGGAAUCUGAAACAACAGAAAUGGCUUCCAUGAGUCCACACUACUGUGACAGUAGUGGGUACAGAGGAAUACUAAUGUUUACAGGUACCUAGCCUUGUCCCUGGCUAAUGUAGCAUUUUAGAAGUGAACUGCGCCUAUCAGUGCAAAGACCUGCAUGAAUAGAGCCUUCUCUCAUCCAUUGAUUUAAAGCAGAGCACUUCAGUUUACAGUGCCGUGAGUGCAUCCUUUGGACGAAGAUUGCUGGAUGAUGUACAAGUGGGAGGAAGCCUACAGACAUGCAAUUGUCUCGCAAGAGUUGGGCAUGGCUGCCAUCUGUAAACGGGUUGCAACUACUGCCAGAUUUCUGUGUGCUUAAAAACUCUUCAAGCUUUUAUUGAUUAGAUUAAAUAUUGAAUUUUGUGAUAAUUGUAUAUGGAUGUUUAUUUUUUUUAAAGACUUUAAAGAUUGUAUUAUAGUGUAUCUCAAACUGCGCAGUGCAUUGUAUAUCUUAUGAGAUUUCCUGGGGCAGCUGAAACUGUUUUCACACCGCUUGGGACUUGCCACUUUUAAACACCAUUCUAAUUUGACAGUCUAGCCAAAUUUCUGCAGCAGUUCAUUGUGUUUUGUACAAAAUAAUGUGUCCAUAUCUAUAUAAUACAGCAAAACCUUGAUGAACCAGAUUGAAGUUAUCUCCUCCCCAGUGCAUUCCAAUUUUUUUUAGUCUGUUGUAAAUGUGACUGUGAAGAUAAAGGUUUUGAAAUAAAACACUUGUUAGACUGAAGCAAGAAGCAACUGUUCAAUGUUGGAUUAUAGUAAUUAGUACUGAUUAGAGAUACUUAGUAUCCAUUUUUAUAAAUCCUGAAGUAGGUGCAUUUGUGUGUAAAAUUGCUGGAAAUUGGCAGCUGCUGAUUAAAGCACCUUGGGAAGUUUCUUAUUUAGAAGUAGGAAAAGCUUAGCAUCCUUAAAUAUAUAAGUAUUUUUUGCAUAUUUACAGUACACGCAGUCAUAUUUCAUAGUGUAACUUUUUCUAUUAUCUGCACACCUCCUCUUCCUCAAGUUUCUAAUUUACAUUGUAGGCCAUUAUUGUCCAAAAUUAAAUUUGUUCUGUGGGUCUCUGGAUUUGACACUAUUGAAAAAUGCAGUUAUGGCUAUAUCAAGAUAUUAAUCCCUGUCAGAUAGUUACCUUUAGAUUUAUUUAGUAAUGUUAAAAUUCCAGGGUUUUACUGUAUCGUAUUUGAGAAAAGUUUUACUGAUUGUGCAAGGGAAUGAAGAUGUGAAGGAGGCCAAGUAAUUUGGAUACACAACAUGAUGAACUGCUUUCAUUUAUUGUAAAUAUUUAUAUUCUGUCUGAUAAGAGUAUCUAUCCUCUUUAUCCCACCCAUACUCUUCGCAAUCUCUUUUUUAAAAAAUGAAUUUGUAUCUAAUUAUUUUGAAGGUUGGCCAAGUUAGCAUUCUAAAUGCUGAAGAAUAGAUACUAUGGUUUGAGAGAUUGGUUGAUUUUUCUAUGUAGAUGUGUUUAACUGUACAGCCAUAAUCUAAUGGUCUUUCAGUUUUUUAAUGCAGGAAUCUUGUAUGAUAGACAAAGCUUUAGGUUCUGAGAUGAUACAGAAUGGCAUAAAGGUACAAGACACAGAAGUAACGGGUAGCCUUGGCUCUUGCCAGUAUUGCGUGAAAUUGUAAUCCAAGUCAUCAGCUUCUUGUAGCUGUGUUUAUGUGCUGAUCUAUGCAUUUGUCUUUUGUGAGUUUUUUUUCUUAAUGUUAACUGAACUAGUCAUGUAUUUGUGGAAAUGCUAUACAUAUCCCUUCAUUUAUAUAUUUGUGUGACUGUGGAUUUGCAAAGGCUAGUCUGUAGUAAUGUUCACACAGGUUUAUGACUGAUCACUCACAUCAGUUGCACUUUCUGAAAUUUUGAAAACCAUUCCUAGUGCAUUAUAAAUACAGAAUUUAACUAUGCAUUCAGACUUUGUAAGUUCCCUUGGUAAACAGAAGUGUGAUUUUAUUACAGGGUUUAAUUUAAAAUUUCCUAGAACUGAUUUGCUUGUGAUUUUUAAAAAAAAAUAAAGAGCCACAAAUCCUUAUUGGGUAUGUAUUGUCUUGCCAAUUGUAUUGAUUAACUC